AUGGAGGAAAAGUCUGAAUCCAACUAUGAAAGAGAAGCAAGCAGGAAAUCAGUAGAGGAACACCUGGAACUUCUCAGUGAGAGAGUCUGGGGUUACACUAUUGUGCUGUUCACCUGUGGGGAAGGUCUGGGAGACACAACAACCAUUGAGCAGCACAUUGAGAAUGAAGGGAAGGCACUCCAGUGGCUCAUUGAGAACCGUGGGAGCAGGUACUACGUCUUCGACAGUAAGGGUAAAGCCACUGACACUGAGGUCCCAGAGCUGCUGGAGAAGAUAGAGGAGAUGGUGGCAGGGAACAAUGGGAGCCAUUUUGAAGUUGAGGGUGCAGUGUUGCAGAACACUGAGGAGAAGAGAAGGGGAGUGGUGGAGAGAUCGGAAGAAAGACGUCUGAAAACACAGAAGGAAAGGAAGAAACUAAAUGCACUUCUGAAAGAGGAGACCCACAUCCUAACCAAACUGCGAAUCCUACUGCUGGGGUGGGUCUUUGUUGGUAAAAGUGCUGCUGGAAACGCCAUCUUGAACAAGUUUGAGGCUGGAAGGAAAACCGUAAAAUCUACACAACAGUCGGGUAAGGUUGGGGGGAGGCAAGUCACUGUCAUGGACACACCCGGAUGGUGGAAAUUCUUUCCGGCCGAGUUCACUUCUCCCUCGGUGAAGUCAGAAAUCCUGAAGGGUGUUUCUCUUUGUUGUCCGUUUCCCAAUGCUGUCCUCCUGAUGAUUCCUGUAGACACAACGUUUACUGAGGAACAGAGGAAGGUGACACAGGACAACAUGAAGCUGCUAGGCGAGGGAGUCUGGAGACACACUAUAGUGGUCUUUACCCUGGGGGGCAUGUCUGGGAGACACAACUAUUGAGCAGCACAUUGAGAGUGAAGGGAAGGCCCUGCAUUGGCUUAUAGAGAAAUGUGGGAACAGGUAUCAUGUCUUUGACAGAAAGGGUAAAGACACAGACGCUCAAGUCCCAGAGCUGCUGGAGAAGAUAGAGGAGAUGGUGGCAGGGAAACAUUUAUUUUGCCUGAGCACUGAGAUCCAUAAACCAGUGGAGACAGGGAUCAUUCCACGGGCAGAUGAUGAAGCCACUGAGAAGAUUUCACAACUUCUCAAUCAGGAAUGGGAUCGGAGAAACUGGGAGAAUUUGGAAAUAGCAAAGACAUCAACUCCACCAAUUCUAAAGGGAAAUAGGAGUAUGCCUGAACCUUAUAGACCUAACUGUGAGUAAUUGCUUUUCUCUCUCUCUUUACCUCAGCAUGCUUUGUUCGAAAUUCUUCAUUGUUAUUGUUUUUCUUGAACAGUCAGUGGAGACAAGCCACCCCUGGAGAGCUCGGGACUGGGAGAGGGAGAAAUCACAAUGGAAGAUCCGAGGUAGGAUCAAGGUGUUAGCAGUAAGCAAACAGUCUUCUUAUACCAGAAUAUACAUCCUUUCCUCAAUUCCAUCCUCCUCAUACUGUCGCCAUUCAAUGUAACCUUGUGUAUCUGUACCAUAGAGAUAGAUAGAGGACUCAUCUUUGUAUCUGUGCCAUUAUAAUGUCUGUGACAGCAUGGGCAGCUUCAUUGAGGCUAUAUCCAUUGAAAGUAGUCAAUUUUCUUUUUCACGAUUGGCUGAUCCCUACUGAUGACCUGGUUGGGCUCGCUCCAAUCGAGUCAUCAGGAGGGAUCAGCCAAUGAAGUAGGAAGUCGCACCCAGUUGACUACCUUAAAAUGGUGGAAGCCCUCAAUGGUGCUUGGCGUGCUGCCCAUGCUAACACAGACGUUUGGCCACUAGAGGCCUCUAUCUUUCUCUAUGAUGUGUUCUUAUGUCUUUUUUUGCUUUCCACAGCAGGCGGUCAACAAUUAGAAAGAUUGCAGUCGAUAGAUCCGGAGGUGAGAGAACAGUGGAAGGAACUGCUGGAGAAGGAGUGGAGUCGGCGAGAGAUAGCCAGUCAGCUGAGUCUGCCAUCUCAUGAUAACAUCUCCGAGCCAGACGCUGAAGAGCUGAAGAGAUCCCGUCACAAAGUCUUAGAGUGGCUGAAGAGUUCUGGAUAUGGCGCUGCCUCUACCACAAGUAUGGACAGAAUACACAGCAGUAAGACAGAGGACAUCGUGACAGAUGUGGGCAACUAGUUCAGAUGAAGAGAAACAUCAGGUUAUAAUCUUAUCUAGUUUAGGAGUAAAUCUGACUGGUAUCUGCAGACGUAAACCAGGCAACCGAGGUGGGAGAGAUUGCUAGACGUUGAGCGCUAGUUUAACUACGGCGUGGCAGUUAGCCUAGCGGUUUGAAUGGUUUGAAUCCCCAAGCCGAAUAGGUGGACAAUAUGUUGCUGUUUCCUUGAGCAAGGCAUUUAACCCUAGUUGCUCGGGAUAAUAAGAGUGUCUGAUAAAUGACGGAUAUGUAACUAACACUGUGAUGCUAUAUUGUUGACCAUUUGGAAUCCUCAAUGCAAUCAUUGCAAUCACGAUAGAACAUCAGAGUGUGUGCUGACAUUUUUUUACCACGUUGAAAGAUGUUCCUCAUCUCCACUUUGUAAACAAAGAAAAAACAAUAACAACUGCGGUGGCGCAGACAGUGGUGCUGUUUCCACUAAAUCUUUAACUCAGUUUAUGUUUAACCUUCUCUUACUUUUUGAUUUAUAAAUACGAAUUUACAGUAGAUUAUUUACAAACUGAGUACCUAUAUUACACAUAUUGAUGCCUUAAACAAUCUUUGAUUAUUGUCCUAUGCAUUAUGUAUUUUAACGUGCACUACCUUAACAAACAGUUUAUUGUAAAAAAAAAAACGUUUUGUAAGU